CCUCUCGACGACCUCCUUGAGAAUGUCUUCGUACAGAGUCGCGUCAUUGUUCAAUCACAGCCGUUGCCUCCUGCAUCCUGUAAACUGUCUUCCCGCCGUACAACCUUCUCCAUCAGCCAGAAGCCCUAUUCAUGGAACUGGGAUGUCCUCGCGACUUGGGCUCGCAGUCUUUCUGCCAUCAAUAAAACUCUUUCGUGGAAGGCUCCCCAACGUCAAGCCUUCCUUCGACGCCUUUUCGAUUUUCUUACUCCGGACAUCCUUCUGUUGUCUUUGUCUCUACACCCCACUGCCGGUACUGUGCUUCCCGGCGACACAAAAGGUGCCUGCGCACCGCUUUCGUCUUUUUACGCCUCCCUGUUGUCUCAUAAACGGUUAAAAAGCUCGAAAAAUGACGUCCUCUGCCUACCCAAUCUGGCCUGGACCGCUCAAGCCUGGACGGAAUCCUGGGCUGCCGGCGUUCUUCUGGGUGGUUUGCUGCCACAUCUAACUCUUUAUCCAGCUGAUAGCCUUCCCGGACAGCUCUUGCACCAGUUCCUGCAAUCCAUUCGUCAGUGUCUCCAGGCUACACUUGAGUAUGAAGGGGCAGUGGAUGUGCAUGCUGGCGCCGAACCACCACCACCACCCACGUCCAAUCUACACCUUCUUUUUCAAACGGUUUCUUUGCAAAAAUUAUGCUCUCCCCUGCUACUGUUUGCUGUUGGGCGAGUCGCCUCCUGUAAAGCCGGUUACGAACUGCUGACUUCCUUGGGCCUUACUGAUGCUGUCUUUCAACUUCUUCAACGAUCCACCCUGGCGGGUGUAUAUCGUCCAGUGGAAGUGCAGAUUAACCUGAAUAGACGGACUCUUCUGCUCACAAAGAUCCUCUUGGCUUCAUCCAAUUUCGCUUCUAACGAGGGACUCGGUCAACGUCUUCUUGUCACUGCUUUUCGAUAUGGAACCGAGGUAACAAAGUCAAUUCCUUCCGAGUACUGCAGCGGCUCAGGAGACCCCACCGUCCUGGCGAUAGUGAACGAAAAUUCGGGCGAUCAUCCGGCAUCCGGUGCUGCAGGGGACAGUGAAAAGUGUCGCCUUCUGCACUUGCCGCUCUUGUUACUGACUCCAGAAGCUGGCCUCACCGGACAUCGUGUUUUCGCCAGCGUCCUCUCUUCGUCCGCCAUUUUCAUUCGCUUUGCGACAUCCUCUCCACUUGCUUCGAAUCUGGUCUAUUGGAUGCUUUCAGCAUGGCGCCAGGUAACUAUCUACCUCCAAAUUUUUAUAAUAUUGAGAAUUCAUGUUGGCGAACAUAUGUUUUCGGCAAUUCAUCAGCGGGCCAGUACAAUGCAAGGACAGAAAUGGUCAGUCAUAGUUAUUUUAGUUCUUAACUAG